CCCCACACCGACUCGUGCACACCCACCUUUCCAAUCCCGUCCUCCCAAACCGCCUCUCGCGAACGCGGGGGCGGCUCAACGCGUCCCCAAUCCCCUCAUGGACGCCGCGAGCCGCACCUGGCCACAGCCGAACCCCUCGCCGGCGCCCUUCUCCUCCCGCCCGCGCGCGCCGUCGGACCCCCACCGCCGCCGCAGGCGCCGCCACUCCAAGAAGCCCAAGCCGGAGCAGCUCCCUCCCGCGCCGAAGAGCGCCACCACCAGCGGCUCCGGCGCCGACUUCUCCGCCCUCCCGCCGGAGCUCGUCCACCGGGCGCUGUCCGCUUCGGCCGCCACCGACGUCGCGGCCGCCAGCCGCGCGUGCCGCGCCUGGCGGAACGCGCUGCAGCCGCUCCGCGAGGCGGCGGCGCUGCACGCGCACGGGCGCCGUCUCAAGCAUGGCCCCACCACCUCCGGCUGCGACGGAGAGAAGCGCGAUGUGUCCAGGCAGAGCGCCCUGGGCUUAUUCCAGCGGGCGGCGCAGCUGGGGUCCGCGGCGGCGAUGGUGGACGCCGGGCUGAUGUGCUGGGAGGAGGGGCAACGAGGGAAGGCCGUGGGUUACUACCAGAGGGCGGCGGAGCUGGGGCACCCUGUCGGCAUGUGCAAUCUCGGGGUCUCCUACCUCGAAGCUGAUCCACCCGAGGCUGAGGAAGCUGUUAGAUGGUUUUAUCCAGCUGCCUCUGCAGGCAAUGUUCGUGCUCAGUACAACCUAGGACUAUGCUUGCAGAAUGGUAAAGGGAUCAAGCGUAAUCAACGGGAAGCUGCAAAAUGGUACUUGCGAGCUGCAGAGGGAGGGAACGUACGAGCCAUGUAUAACGUUUCCUUGUGUUACAGCUUUGGUGAAGGGUUUACACAUGAUCCAGUUCGUGCAAAGAAGUGGUUACAACUAGCUGCUGAAUGUGGUCACAGGAAGGCUCUUUAUGAGUGUGGUAUCAAACUAUGUGCGGUCGUCAAGGUUCUUUUACCUCCAUUCACCUAUGAGGUCACGACAAAUUUGCAACACGAAGUAAACGGCAGAAGAUAGCAAUCGAGUAUGCAUACAGACAUCCGCCAGUCCAGUAAAUGGCAUUGCUCCUAUCAACAUUGUAGGUUGCAGCUCAAUCAGUGCAGCAAAUAAAGGUAUUAUUACAGAGCACCAAACAGACCACAACAAACCAAAGCGUUUGUGUUUUUAUUGGAGCAAUACUUAUUUAUUGAGUUCGAUAGAGGAACUACGAAGCUCAGAGCUUGGAAACAAGGCCGCCGUUCUGGAUGGCUUUAGGCGACUCAGCUUCUUUGGCAUCGACAUCAGAAGAGCCGGGAGGUACAUCGACCGCAGGCGAGCAGUUGAAGAAUCCAUCUGGCUGCAAAGGAGAAAGCAAGCCUAAUUUCAGUCCAGAUCGAAUAAACAAUGGCAGAACCCAGCUAUUUCAAAUGGAAACUACGAUGUUCCCUACAGCAGGAGGAUUGAAAGGCUUGAAAUGUAGUACCAUGAGCAUGAAGCCGAUGCGUUCCACUGGCAUGACAGGCCAGUCUUCCAGCCUUGGGAUAUGUGUGAGUCCAAAUACAUACCUGUAGAUGUAGAAUACAGUUGUAAGGAUCACGAAUUGUAAGCUGAAGAAACAAUGCUAGUUGCGAGUGUAUACAAGACGAAUGUACCAAAGGACAA